UGUGUGUGUUUGUGUAAAGGAGCGACUUGUAUAAAACCUUUCACAGAAACGCAUAGAGCGCAGAUUGAGUGUGUUUUGGUUUCUUUCUCUUGAUUUUUUUCUCCUGAAGACAUAUCAGGAGGUAGGAAACUUUUCCAGGUCGGACAACCAUGAUGUUUCCCUGCAGCGCUCUGCCGCCGCCUCUGUACCCGGGCUUACUGCGUCCCUCUGCGGCUCUCGCCUCGCCUCUCAACCGGUCCCUCCACUCAGGCUUCCUGGUGGAGGAUCUCCUGCGGUUAAGUCAGCCUGUCAGCUACGUACAUCGGACUUUCCCCAGAAGUCCCGGAGAGUUUUUCCCGUUCAGCCCGGGCCCGGGCGGCCCCCUCCGGGCCUUAGACCCCAGCACAGAGCGCUCUCUGCCCCCAAACUCCAGCCAGAGCAGCAGCCGCAGCAGCAGCAGCGGCUCCCCGCAGACCUCCUGCCCGGACUCUGGCCUUAAGUUCGGCGUCAGUGCGAUACUGGCACCUUCCACACGGAGCGCUUGCUCUUCACUCCAAAGCCUUCAGACCAAGACCUUCUCUUUGCCUUUAUUUGAUGGAAGCCUUCAUCCCUUCAUCAGAGCUUCAUAUUUCACAGCCUCCUCCUCUGUGGUUCCUGUCCCGGGAACCUUUUCAUGGCCCCUGGCCCCCAGAGGGAAGCCCAGGAGAGGCAUGCUGCGGCGGGCUGUGUUCUCAGACCUCCAGAGGAAGGCUCUGGAGAGAACUUUCCAGAAGCAGAAAUACAUCAGCAAACCAGACAGGAAGAAACUUGCCAGUAAACUGGGACUCAAAGAUUCACAGGUGAAGAUCUGGUUUCAGAACCGCAGGAUGAAAUGGAGGAACUCCAAGGAGAGAGAACUGCUGUCGACAGGCGGCUGCCGCCAGCAGACCCUCCCCACCAAAACCAACCCCCACCCAGACCUGACUGACGUAGGCAGCACCAACUGCCACGGGAUGGACAGGAGUACGCCGACCGGCCACUUAGAGCUCGGCAGCCACGAGUCACAUCUUUACCACCGUGUCCACAAUCCUUCCUCUUCGUCAGAGUCCAGCAAACAGUCAGAGCUCUCCGAGUCAGACAGUGAAGAAAUCACAGUGUCAUAAACUCUCCAUAGAGGAUUCAGACAUGUGAUCACACUCUUACAGUAACAUACUAUGAGUUGUAUGUAGAUGACAUGACAAAAAAAUGAUUUAUUGAAGAAACUGGUGAAGGGAAGUGAAUGAAUACCACAAGUGCUUGAAUGUGCUCUGUACAUAGCUGUAUUUUCUGUAUUCUUCUGUGACUGUACAGUGUGUUUAUAUUACUUUAAUAUGUAGUUCGGUAUAUCUAUUUACAGUAAAUAAAG